AUGCUCCAAAAUGCGCUUCUGGCGGUAGCAAUAACUUUGCUAUACUUUUCAAGACAUUAUUCGCCCCUUCUGGCAGCAAUUGGAUUUUGUAUCAUUGGUUAUCAAGUUACAGAUGCGUUGAUACCCCGAGUAUCGCCUUCUUUUGUUAAAAUUGGGCUAUUUGGGAAAGACUUGAGCAAACCAGGACGUCCUGUGAUCCCGGAGAGCAUCGGGGCCGUGUCUGCUAUGGUCUACCUUUUCCUUUUGUUCUUCUACAUCCCAUUUUUGUUCUACAAGUAUUUGGUAGUAAUCACCUCUGGAGGAGGGCACCGCGACGUUUCUGUGAUGGAGUCAACUCACGACGAAUAUCUGUUCCCACAUGGAAAAAUGUCGGAAUACCUUAGUGCGGUUUUGUGCCUUCAGAGCAUCGUGAUACUGGGCAUGGCGGAUGAUUUGUUCGAUCUGAGAUGGAGACACAAGUUUUUUCUUCCUGCGAUAGCAGCGAUACCACUCUUGGUGGUAUAUUACGUUGAUUUCGGCGUCACCUACGUUUUGAUUCCCGACAUAAUUCGCAAGUGGGUGGAUACUCCAAGAACCGCAGUGAAUCUUGGAGGUUUUUAUUACUUAUACAUGGCGUCAAUGGCCAUUUUUUGCCCCAAUUCUAUCAACAUUCUUGCUGGAGUGAACGGACUCGAAGUAGGACAGAGCGUCGUCCUGUGCAUCAUAUCGUUGAUUAACGACUCGCUAUAUCUCACCCUGGGAACAGAGGCGUCGAAGGAAGCACACCGCUUCUCAGCUAUUUUGAUCAUUCCAUUCUUAGGAGUUGCCCUAGCGCUUUGGAAAUGGAACAAGUGGCCCUCUAAAGUCUUUGUUGGAGAUACUUUCUGCUAUUUUGCCGGUAUGAUAUUUUCAGUGGUUGGUAUCCUGGGACACUUUUCCAAGACGACUCUUCUCCUGUUCAUCCCACAAACUUUCAAUUUCGCAUAUUCGUCCCCACAACUCUUUGGGUUGGUACCUUGCCCUAGACACAGAAUGCCACGGUUUAACGAGAAUGAUGGUCUGAUGUACCCAUCAAGGGCGGAUUUAAUAGAACAUCCACCUCAGAAAGUUAUGGUUCCUGUGCUGAAAAUAUUACACGCUCUGAAACUGAUAGAUAUUGAAACUGACAUUAAAAAAAACAUGAUUAUAAGCUGCACUAACAUGACACUGAUUAAUCUGGUGCUUGUCUGGUUUGGCCCCAUGCGUGAGGACAAAUUGUGCAACCGAAUUUUAACAAUCCAAUUAGCGGUAGGUUUGCUCGCUAUAUUUGGUAGACACGUCGUUGGCUCUCUGAUAUAUGGCCAUGACAACAUUCAGUUUCUCUAA